AUGACCACAAAUAUGCCUGCAGAUGACACUAAGGUUAUUAUUGACGACAACCAAGCCAAUAUGAAGACGUCAGCGCAAUUUGCUGAAAUCAAAGUAGUGGCAUCUUCAGGCGAAUCGCAAGAAUUGAAGGAAAACUUGGUAAAGUUACAGGACGAAAAUAGGAAAAUGAAAGAAUCUCUUGAUACUGAACGGCUAAAAAUUCAAACCAAAGAGGAUCAUACAGAGCGGGAACAUCAAACGGAGUUAAGGAUUGCCAAAAGCCGUAUCGAUGCAUUGGAGGCUGGUCAGGCAGAGAAAGAUCAACAAUGGAAAACUAUCAAGGCCCAACUUGAACGAACAUUUCAGGGAAAAUUAGAAAAAGAAGAACAAAAUCUGUGUACCGCUCUGGAACAAAUCACACGAUUAGGAGAUCAGUUGGAAGCGUCCAAGAAAAGAGAAGCUACUUUGAAACAAAUUGAACAGAUGAUCCAGACAAUCAAAUAUAUUGGUAUUCCCACGCAAGCAAUGCAUGAUUUUCUGCUGCCGAAAUAUGAUCACUUUGUCGAUCACCUCAAGAGCAGCGUGAGAAAUGUGGAUGAAUUCUUCAUCAAUAAAGUGCCGGAAGUUAAAUUCAAAGAACAAAAUGGCGCUUAUGAGAUGACGUUACCACUAUUCGAAUCUGCAAGAGAACUGAUAGGAAUGGUGGAAGCGAACACGGUCACAACUAUCACAACAUCCACAGGAUCAGGAAAAUCAACCUUAUUGCCGGCUCUGCUCAUCGCUGAAGGAUACGAUAAAGUGAUUGUCACGCAGCCAAGACGUUUUCCGUGUAUGUCGGUCUCGGAACGUGUGAAUAGCACGAUCAAGUCCGACAUAAACGACUCGCCACCGAGCUUAGCCGGAUGGGCUGUCAGCGGCGAUGAUCACAAUCGAGAUGCCCAGAUUCUCUAUCUAACUGACGGUCUUCUCAAAGAAAGUCUAUUGUAUGACGAACAUUUUAUAACAACUCACACGAAAGUGAAGAAGUCCGUGGUAUUUUUCAUUGAUGAAGUUCAUGAGCGGUCGGUCAAUAUUGAUUUGUGCUUGGCAUUGCUGGCUCGAUUGUUAACUGUACAACCGUCAAUCAAGGCCAAAAUGAAGCUGAUCAUCUCAUCUGCUACAUUGGAUUCAUCGGUUCCACGCCUGUUCCGUCAAAUAGCGGAUGUUAACUUGGGUGAAUUCUCAAUGCCACAAACUAAAUUACUACACCAUGUGUCGGAAAUACCGCGACCGAAAGAAAAUGUUCUGGAUGUUGUUCAAGAACUAUACAAGAAACGUCAGCGACAUGAUCAGAUCUUGUGUUUUGUGAAUUCGGUCUCAGAGGUUCAUCAAUGUUGUCGUCUGUUAGAAGACUUGAGCUCUGGCACUAUCAGAGCCUAUCCUCUGGUCCAAUCUCAAUCAGCUUCGGAUCAAAAAUUCUUCAUCGAACAUGGAAGUGUGUUCUUCUCAACAACCGUGGCUGAAACGUCAUUGACCUUUCCUUCGUUGAAAUAUGUUGUUGAUACCGGCAUGGUGAACAUACCCAUGUACGACCCAGAGUCGAAACGCACCGUUCUACAGGAAGUUCGAGCAGCCGAAUCAACAAUAACGCAGCGUCUCGGUCGGUUAGGUAGAACGAGACCCGGCGAGUAUUAUUCCUUGUAUGAUUUCCAAGUGAAAGAUAAACGUUAUCCGACGCCACAUAUCAAACUCUCGGAUCUCACCAACAUCGAAUUCUCAUUGAGAAGAUCACCGAUCAAGAACGGAUUGCAUUACAUGCAGCAGUUUCUACCGGACAGGCCAACACCAGAGGCGAUCAACGCAACUAUUGAAGAUCUCAGACGGCUAGGGGUCCUUAAAGUGGCACCCAACGAUGAAUUCACUGAACACGGUACCAGUUUAGCAAAACUACCCGACUUUGGAUCAUUGGCCAUGUCUCAGGCAGUACUAGCGGCUUUGACACGGUACCAUUGUGGGCGUGAUCUGAUCUGCCUUUCGUCGAUCCUCAGUGUAUUAAACACGGCAUCGGUAUUCAAAGAUAUUCCGCAAAACAUAAAAAGUCCAGACGGAGAUUUCAUGACACUAUUGAAUCUGAUGAAUGAAAUAUUGCUCAUCAAACAGUCUGUUCCAUCGCAUCAAUUUAGAUUAGAACGUGCAUGCGAAACCAAAGGAUGGACAAGUAUUCGCCACAUUCUGGGACAAGCAUUACGACGUUACCGGGCUCUCGAAAAAUCUUUCGCCUCAUCGACUGAAUACUGCCAACGUGCUCAAAUCCAAUCAGGAGACUGGACUAUGGUCGCGAAGUCACUGCUGGCGGGUUAUUCCGAUAACGUUUUCGUUUCGAUGAAGGAGCUUCAAGGAAGAAUUCAUAGAUUCGCUAGAUACACAAAUACGACCGAUAUAGCUCUGCUGGACUUGCAGUCAACGCUAAUCCGUCCAAUAAGUGAAGCACCGGUCACUGUAGUUCUGGCAAGGGAUAUUCGCUAUUCAUCAGCGAUACGUUCAACGGCGAUUAUCUCGUUUGUGGGUGAAAUAAAACCUUCGUGGAUUCCAUACAAACUGAAACGUCAAAUUCCAGUGAGUUCGCAAGAGGAGGCGCAUUUGAAUAGUCAGAACAUUGUUUCAUUGAUGAAAUCGGUAUUCUUCCACUUCAUCGAUAUACUCCGAAAUCAGCGAGCUGUGGUCUUCGAUGAUCACGGAGGCAAAGUCCUCAACGAUGAACUUCAUCUUCGAGAGCAAUUAGUAACAACGAAAACAUUCAAUUUGGAGAAUAAGUAUCAGCAAGGUACAGCUCAGUAUGAUAAUUUAUCUCGAAAUCUGGCAAGUGUUAUGAAAAUGACCUAUAUAUUCCAACCAAUGCAAUGGCGAUGGAAAGCUGAAAAUCAAGUCACAAUAACCAUUAACAAUAACCCAGCACAACAAACCUGUGAAAUCACCGUCAAAGGACGCGAUUGCGAACAUGACAAGGUGAAAGCAGAAUUCAAGUCGUUCUUAUCUUGGCUGGAACGAUGCGCUGUCAUAAGACAUCCGCAUGCUGGAGUUCUUCCGCGCCUACUUCGCCCUCAGGUGCGCAAAAAAUAUCCAGAAAUCGAGAAGAAGAUUUCGCGCAUCACCGAUAUAGACCGGACGAUGGUAGACUUGUACAAAAGUGCACGAGGUACACAAGCAACGCGUGAAACGCGGAUGGAAGUUGUGGCUUGGAUAGCUGUCUGUGAUUUUCAUUGCAAAUUAGAGGGCGGUUUCAUUCGUGACUGGAUCGUCGGCAAUCAUACCCCGAGAUCACCGAAUCUAUUGGACAAUCCCAAAUCAUGGAUUCAAUGGAAUACUAAUGCGUAUGGCCAGAACAUUCCUUCGAUAAACAAAGAAGUGGUCCCGUCCGAUUUAGACUGCCACUUACCUUUGAGCAACUAUUUUGAUGUUGAAAAAUUCCAAGAUAAACUACACAAGUUCGGUAUCACAUGUCGAGUAUUUCGAGAAGAUUGGAGAUAUAUUCUACUGAUUGAUGAAAAUGCGUCAACAGGUCCAUUUACAGUUGAUCUAAUUGAACCUCACGUGGUAUUAACACAUGAUCGCAUCGAUUUGGAUGUGAACAAUCUUUCGCUUGAACGAAAUUAUCCACGAGAAAUAGGCAUGCGUGUUGAUAUAACACAGACACCGUAUUCGAUCGAAAUGGAAACUAUCAUUCAAAAUAUCCAGAAUCGACGCUUCCAAGUUCUUCGUCCGAUAGAUACACUUGUACAAGACCGUGUGAACAAAAUGAUCCACCGUGGAUGGUCACAGUUUGGAGAGGCAUUGUCGUAUACACCACCGCCCCCUCCGAAAUGCUAUACACUUCUAGUGCCUCUACCACCAACAUCAACGCUGUAUCAAUCACUACUACGGGAAAUGAGAAUCAUCAGCAACUCGAUCCAGAUCGUAUCGAUUGAGGAAGUUAAAAAUCCUCUUCUGGAAGACACAUACGAAGCAAUGAAAAAAAUAAUUGCGAAGGAAUGUCCAGGAUCCAAUCCAAACGAAAGAAAAUUAUUUCACGGUACUCAAGGAGCUGGAAUCAGCGGGAUACUAGAAAGUGGGUUCGAUGAUCGGUUUUCCGACGCUACCGGUGCAUGGGGCCAUGGUGCGUACUUUGCCGAUGACCCACGAAAAUCUCACAACUAUACUGGUCCACUGCAACCGCGUCAAACGCGUGUGAUGUUCUACAGCAAGGUGGUAUUGGGCAAGGAAUCAAUAAAACCACAGCCUGAUAAUACAUUGAUUUCGGCACCGAAAUCAUUUCACUCUGUUCGAGGCACUAACUUCAAAUAUUGUGAAUAUAUUGUCUAUCGUUAUGGGCAAGCGUUGCCCUAUUUGAAAAUCACUUACAAAGCUUAA